AAUAAAGCCAAAUUUAAGAAAUUUUUAUAUCAACAAAAAUUCAAUAUUUUUUCCCAACAACUGACAUCGAAAAUGGAUUAUUUUUUACUGCUGUUCUGUUUGAAUUUUUGCUUUCUCGACUUUCAACGAACUUUUGCUCUGUAUGUGACUGACUUAAAUGUACCAGAAAUUGUUGAUUUUCGGGAUAAUGUUACGUUAUCCUGUAGUUACUAUAUGAGCGGACACACACUCAACUCUGUUAAAUGGUACAAGGAGAAUUUUGAAUUUUUUAGAUACUCGCCCAUGAUGCAUCCUGUUUACAUGAAAUUUCCUGUUAUUGGUGUACAAGUGCAGGACGGCAAAUAUUAUUGCAAUGAGUCUACGUGCCGUUUGGAGUUGAGCUUGCUGAGCGCUAAGUCGACUGGUACUUAUAAAUGUGAAGUAUCAGGCGAUGCACCACUUUUCCAACUGGCAGCUAAAGCGGAUAAUAUGACGGUAGCUGCCUUGCCGCAGUACGAUCCUUUAAUUGGAAAUUUCCAUUCAAUGUAUCGUAUGGAAGAUUUUCUCAAUGCCACCUGCACUUCAGAUUACUCCAGCUUGCCAACAAAGCUCAGUAUGUACAUCAAUGGAGAACAGCCAAUGUUUGGUGAACUUUUACCCAGCACUGAUACUAGCAUAGCAGCGCACGAUUAUAUAUUACGCCGUCAGAAGCUGCAGGUGAACAUUAACUUGACUGGGCCGCGCUUUUAUCAUGCUGGCAAAAUACUGGAACUGAAAUGUGUAGCGGAAAUUGAAAAUUUUCCAGAUCUAAGGCGUGAGGCGGUAUUGAGUGCAACGCUCAUGCCAUACGACAAUUUGAACAAUCAAAUGCUGAUUCAUUCCGGCAACAGUGGCGCUGUGCUGUACAGACAGACGAUUUCUCCUUUCGUUGUGAUAUUUUUAUUAAUUUUCAGUUUAAGUUUCUUAUGAUCUGUUUGCGAUUCUGCUGAGUAGGCAACCAACAGUGGCGGAAACUUUGCGGUUGACGACUGCAGUUACAGCGGCUGCAGUUACUAUAUCAAGUUAGUUAGAUUUAACCAAUUUCUUUGUAAAUAGAUAAAAAACGUAACUGAAUAUGCAUUACAUUUAAUUUAGUGUUAUUUUAUCGGUUUUUGUAAAAGUUUCUGUUCCGUAAAUUUAUAAUAGUUUUAGUUUGAAUAUAAUUCAGUGGUGGUUGAUUUUUAAAUGGUGUUGAAAACACUUUAUUUUUAUUCAGAUAAUUUAGGUGUGAACAGUGAAAAUAACUUGAAUUUAUCAUAAAUUAUUUCUAAAAAUAAAGUAACGCACUCCAGUAAAAGUGUGCUAAUCAUAAGUAAAAGUAAAAUA